AUGGGAAAGCCAAAGAAAGGAAAGAAGAAGGACGUAGACUGGUGAGUUUUUUUGUCAGUAAAUUAAACGAGUCUCGAGUCUGAUCAUCGUCACGUGUUACGUGUGGAAGAAUUAUCUUACCAAAUAAAUUUGAUUGCCAUCAUCCAGUUUUCUUAACGCGAUGGUUUAUCGUGAGUUAACUAACGCACAUUACUUGAAUAAUUUGUCGUAGAAAAAUUCAGACUUUUGAAAACUUUCAUAAAUUAACUUACAUUAAUAUUAUUCACCGUAUAAAUGACGGUAGUGGUGGGCAAUGUUUUGACUGUUCUAUGAGGCCCUGUUACAGGAUCUGAACAAUCGAUGAAAUCGAUAAUUUAUGGCAAUCGAUAACAGUGGAUGACAAUCAAUAUCAAUUAAUCAAUUGAGAUUGAUAAUCGAUGGACAAUUGAUCACAAAAAUUUUUGUGAUUAUUGAUUAUCAUCGAUUAUCAAUAUCAAACGAUAAUCAAUCGCAAUUGACCAAUUAACAUAAUAGAUUGUUAUCAAUAUGCAAUAUCAAUUGAUUACCUAUUUAGUCAAACAUUUUAAUUGUCAAUUCAUCAAGUACCAAUAAAGUUACACAUUUUGAUAUUGAGUAAAAACUAUAUAUAUAUAUAACAUAUAUUGGCAAAAAAAAUAAUAUUUGAAAUACAGGCGAAUGUCUCUCGCUAUGAUUCCUGGGAACGAGAAUCACUUGUGCCCUGCUUUGUCACUGUUUGCUGUGCUUGUCACCUUUGACGCCCGCCUUGAAUAAUUCCACACGGAAGAUCGAGGUGGAUGUGGGCGUCUGCACAGACAUAUAAAGAAAGAAGAAGAAAAAGAAAUAACAAUAAGCUUAAUUGUGUUUGAACAACAAAUGUGUCCCAGGUCAGUUGAAUCUUUGCAAUGAACUUGAAGCUAAAUUGAUCAAGUUUGUACUACUGACAAUGAGACAUGUUAAUUGUCUUAAUUAUUUGUGCUGUUUUUCACGGAGCCACAUCGAUGAACAAUUCUCAAAAUUUGCUACUCAGGUUUAAAAAUAAUAUAUGAUCUGCGUUCACUCCCGGGAUACCUGAAGAUACAGAGACAUGAAUUUAGUGCCAAUCGAUGGUAAUCAAUGAAGUUUGUGACCACAUAAUCGAUUGAUCAUUGAUUGGCUGAUGCCAAUUGAUGCUAAUCAACAGUAAUUAAUCGAUUGUUAUCAAUUGAUCGAUUGAUUUUCCGAUCAUCGAUUUUCAUCGAUUGCUCAGGUCCUGCCUGUUAGGGUGAAAUUCCGUCAAGCGACAUGGCCUUGAAACAGCGACAUAGAAAUAGACUAUCAAAUGGCGAUAAAGGACACAAAAUGGGUUAAAAUAUCAACAAGAACAUGGCCUACUCCUCAAAAAGUGAAAUGACUGUAUUUGAAAUUCAGACAAGGGACAUUUGUACCCCUCCCCCCUUUCCCUAAGAGGGUCUCUACUGUUGGGUUCUGUUUGGUUGAUUGGUCAACCAGGCCCCAUUUGUUUAAAUAGCUGGCUGGUGUUAUCCACUAACAAGGUCCAUAAUUGUGACAAGCUGGUUGCCAAUGUGACGUACAAAGUAUUGAUAUUACAAGGAGAAGUUUGAUGCUAAUCACUCUUAAGGCUUAAAGGCUUAAGGCAGGAUGUGUACUGCCCUUUUACUCUGUCUAUUAGUAAUGGUAACAGGACUGAGUGGAGUCCAAUGCGGUCUGUACUCAUACGUGUGAUUAACAAACGCGGGAGUCCGAUUUGUUUAAUCACAAGUAUGAUUACAGACCGAAUAUGGACGACACGAAGUUCUGUUACCAAUUAAUCAUAACUUUAACAAAAUUUGUGAUAUAUGAGGCUCUUUUUUUCAAUCAAAAGACAAUAAAUUCGGAGGUUUUUUUGCUAGCAGUGAAAAAAAAAAGCCAUUUAAGCGAGCGCGUGAUGGCGCGUACUGUCCAAUUACUUAGGCAUGACGCGUACUGUCCUAUUUAACUGUCCUAUUAAGGCUGAAAUCAGGGCAGUUGAUAGCCAAUCAGAUUUAAGCAUUUUGUUAUAGUUAUGAUUUGUGCUGAAAUCAGGACAGUAAUGAUAGCCAAUCAGAUUUGUUUCAAUAACCAAAAGCUCACCACAUAAGUUUGGUACUCAAUUCACUUUAAUCAAAUCUAGAACUAUUGAUGAACAAACUUGAUACAUAUAAAAAGCUUAAUGGAAGUUUGGUUGAUAUUGUAACAGAUUCGAUUUCAAUUCAAUUUACUUUCACAGGGAGGAUGAUGUGUUGAAUGACCUUGAAUCACUAAAAGAUGGUGAACCAGAUAAAAAGGAAAAUACUGCUAGUAAAGUUAAGGUGAUAUAUUCAUUUAUUACACAUUGUACUCACUAUCUAUCUUCUCAUUGGCUAGUAACCUACAGUUAAUUUUGGCAAUAAGUGCAACCUUUAGGAAGAUAACUUGACUAAUCUGCAGGUUGCGUGCGCAAUACAUGAUUUCCAAGAGCAAUGUAAAACUACAGAUGUAUGUUCACCUGACAGUGUGUUUUUCAAAACAAUGUAUGAUAAAACAAUAUUAUUAUAUUUGCUCUUUGUGAUAAUUAUCUGGAAUAACCAAGAGAAGUCUCUUGAUUAUUUCAAAUAUCACAAAAUUAGCUUCGUCUCAUAAUUGUUGAGUAAUUUGCUACUCUGGUACCCUGCUAUUUUGUCAUUAAAUUAUAAUACAGGACCCUUUUUACAAACACUGGCUGAAAAAGGCCUAGGAAAGAAUAAGUGAUCUUUGCUAGAAACUGGUAAUACACUGUAUGGAUGUUACAAUAGUACCAGUUAUUAAGAAUGUGAUAUGAAGCUGGCGGUGAUUAAAUUGCAUGAUGGCCUUUUGUGACACUUCACCACAGAUCUCAUUUGUUUUGUUGAGUGUUUGGUCUUUUAUGUUGUACUUUUUGCUUGAAUACAGGAAAACAAACCAUCUGGUGGAAGAUUUCAGGGUCUAAAUAUAGAAGAUGAUGGUCCUGCUGAAGAUGGUGAUGAUGAAGAUUUAACAGAAAUGGUAACAAGCUCACAAAAGAGCAAAAAACAAAAGAAAAAGAAAGAUGUUGAAGCCACAAAAGAAACUGUUGAAACUGAGAGUCUUGCCACUGGCAAUGUUGGUGACUUACAAACUGUAGAUAAUGUUGUAGAAGAAAAUGGAAGUGGAGUUACAGAAGAGCCAAGUGUGACAACUUCUAAAAAAUCUAAAAAGAAAAAAAAGGACAAGAAAGAUUUUGAUUUUGAUUUGGAGGUUGAUUCUGAGGAUGAAAAAGUGAAACCUGUGAAAAAAACUGAUGAUGCUGCAAAGAAACCUGAAGAGGUCACAGUGACUGAUGAAGGGACAGCAGGAGUUAAAACUGCUGCACAAAAGCGAGCAGAAAAAAAGGAAAGAGAGAAAAAGAAAAAAGAAGCUGAAAAAGCAAAAGCAAAAACCAAAGUGAAGAAAGAUGAAAGCAAGCCAACUACCAGUGCGGAUGAUAAGACCGAAGAGGGAAAAGUCGAGGUUGAAUCAUCUGCUGAUAAAGACGCUGAAGUUGCUGUGACGUUGAAAUUGUCAGGUACGGUACAGUCAGUGCUUUACAGUGUGUGUACCCAGCAUAUAGGCAAAUCUCUGCUGACAUCAUCGCGUACAUUUUUGUUCAUUAGCAUACGAGUUAGCCCAUAGAAGGUAUCACUGUAUAUACAAAUUAACUUCAAAAGUUGAAAGGGGUGGUUAAUUUGAGCAAUUUGUGGACUUUUUUAGCUCUUUGAUAGCAAUAGCAAAGGAAAUUUAUAGCAGCAGUUGAAAACUGUGUUCAAAAUUGCUGGGUGGCAAAAACGUUAAUGAGGCCAUACAUUCUCUGUAAAGUUUUGAGUUUUUCAAAGAUAAUUAUGUCUCCAAAACUAUUCAGUAUAUUGUUGGGCUCAAUUUUUCACAGAUAACUGAAAUUGUUAUGCCCUUUUGAUAUUCAGAGGGUUUAUUUUAAUAGCUUGAUCAGGGAGUGAAAAGCAUACAAUGUACAAUGCUAAUGAAGCAAAAAAUGUUAACAAAGAUUUGCCUAUUGGUAGCACAUGCUGUAGCAUGAAUGCACAGUUUUCCCAGUUUUAGCAGAAAUCCCAUGCCAUUCUGUUUUCUACAUUUGUAUAUUUAAUCCCCUUUGGAAAUUUUGAUCUAAUGUAUAGGUGUUACACAUUUCUACCUGGUGUAAACGUUUUUAAAUUUUCUUGCUGGCUGAGCUUGCGAAAGGGGAAAGAGUGGAUGAAAGUGGAUUGAUUUUAUAUCCUUACUGUCAAAAUGAAGCUAGAAAUGUCACGGAUGAUCGUUGAAGAAGAGAUCUUAAUUUUUCUUGGAGGUGUAAGAAUUAUUAUUUCUGUCAUAUUUUAUUUUUUAUGUCACAUGUAUUGACUGUUUUGUUAAACAAAAAAUUGUGUUCUUUUAAGGAGAUGUAGGGGAUGGUGGUGCUGAGAAGGCAGAUGAGCUUGGUGACAAAGGAGAUGAGCAUGAGGGAGGGGAGGGAGGGGAAGGAGCAGAGGAGGGUGAAGACAAGGAAAAAAAGAAAAAGAAAAAGAAGAAAAAAGGAGAAAAGGAAGAGAAGAAAACAAAGAAACCAAACAAAGCCAUAGUGAAAGAGAUGCAACAACGCCUGGAGCAACUGAGACUGGAGGAAGAGCGUCGUAAACAGGAAGAAGAAGAGAAACAGAGAGCUUUGGAGGAAGCAGAGAACAGGAGACUAGAAAAGGUUUUUAUCAUUUUUAUGCCACUAUGUGUAAGCAGUAGAUGUAAGGGGGAAAACUGGUUCGCUGGGGUGCUCUGUAACGUUUUCCAUAACGGCUGCCUCUGGCUCAUUUUUGAACUUAACACAACAUGCUCACAAAGGCAGCAGAUGUACAUAGCUUAUCGACCUUACCUUGGUGUAAUUUAUGUAUUUUAGAGCAUGCCUUGCUCAGCUGUACAUGAACAUGUGGAUUACCUUAUUCUCCUUUAUUUUCGUGGGACUUAAAUUUCGCGAAAAUUUUCUCGGCACAUUUCGCGAGUCUUUAAUUUCGCGAUCGCGGAGAAAAAUUGUGUUUGCAGGGAAUUUAAUUUCGCGAAAUUGACGAUUAAGUGACUUUAUUUUUUCUUUUUUACAAAAAUUUUACGUUAAUCAACAAUAAUUGAAACAAAACCAAUAUGCUGUCCCUGUUGAGGUGAUAUGUGAAAUGGACAAUACACCAAGGAACAGGGCAAUAAUGGAAAGAUACAAGACACUCGUAACUACACACUACAAGGACCCGGGACAGGAUGGUCAAUUUGACGACUGUACAAAGGAUGUAUUGGAGGAACUGUGCAAAGAUGAUUACUCAGACGCUGAAGAAGAACUUGAGGCGAAUCUUGACACUGAUUAACAUCUAAAGUUGAUAGAUGACAGCUCUUUGUACUAACACCUUGUGUUAAAAAUUGUUUAGGACCCUUAAAAACACAAAUACAUGAUUUUUCUAUGUCCAUUAAAUUUUGCAAGAUCAAAGUUCACGGUCGUUAUUUUUCGCGGAUCUUUAAGUUUGCGAAUUUUUAAAAUCGCGAAAAUCGCGAAUUUAAGAACCCGCAAAAAUUAAGGAGAAUAAGGUGUUAUGCUUGUGUCAAGCACUGAAUUUUCCAGUAAAGAGCAUAAAAUUAAGAUCGAUGUUGAUAAAUAAUUUUGUAUUUUUUUAUUGUUUCAGUUGAGACUUGAGCAAGAAAGGAAAGAAAGGAAAAAGCAGAAAGAAAAGGUAUAUAAUUAUGUUACAGUUCAGAUUUGAUUUCAGGUUAUAAAUUGUGAUUUAACCUGGGAUGAUUCUCGAUUUCCUUUGUCUCCGAUCCCUAGAAGACAAAUGAAGUGCAGAAUCAACCUUGGUUAAAACAUUUUUUAUUAACUUACUGUAGAAUGGCAACACCUACAAACCAAACAGUGGUACUGUUAAGACACAACAUCAAGGUGUAAUAAUUUCAGUUGUUAGUUAGGCUCUAGACCACAGUCGAACCAGCCUCUUUUAGCAGCCACUUCUAUACAAUGCCCUGAUCCUCCCCCCUUACGACAGGCAUGUUUUUCUGUCAGUUUAAAUGUCAGAUAUAGGUUUGCUGUCUCUGUUGCAGGAAAGAAUAGCAAAGCUAAAGAAAGAAGGGAAAUUUCUCACAAAGGCACAGAGGCAACAACAAGCCAAAGCCCAGGCUAUGCUGGAUUCUAUGAAAAAGCAAGGUGUGUAUGUACUUAGCUUACCAAGCCAAUUUAAUUUGAAAACCCUAUUUGCACAGCAAUCUAAGGAUAUGUACACCUGUAAGCAUUUGUUAACUGUUUAAUGAGGCCCUCUUGGGGGCGGUACGUAUGUCCCUAGUCUGUAUUUCAAAUAAUUAUAGUCGUUUCGUGUUUUGAGUAGGCCAUGUCCCUCUUGGUAAUUAACUCAUCUUUAUGUCGUUUGUUGCCAUUUCAUCCAGUUUAUGUCACUGCUUCAAGGCCAUGUUGCUUGUUGGAAUUUUACGCUAGCAGGGCCUCAUAUUUAUAAAUUGGUUCUUCGCAUAAGCUGAAAAAUUAAUAUGCUUUUGCUGUGAAGGGUUACCCGUAAAUUACUUCUUUACAGCUACAGUGUAGGUGUCCUCACAAUCAGUGGAUAGAAAUCACAGUUACCCCUCUCAUAUAGACCUGUCUACUCUUUACAUUUACUUGGAUUGCAAGAAAUUCUAUUUGUUUCUGUCCAGACUAAAAAACUGUGACACCAACUGACCCAACUGACCAGAGCAGUCUCCCUCCUUCCAUACAUGAGCAAUAAUUGUUAAAAAAGUAAUUGGUGUACUUAAAUAGCAUGGCAUGGUUACCUAGAGUAAUGUUUAGUUCAUUUAGAAAGAUGUUAAAAAGGUAAGGACCACUAAUGCUAACUUGAUUUUCCCUUUAUGAUUAUUAUUAUUGUUAUUGUUAUUAGCAAAGACAGGAUAUUUGUUAGAUAUUCAGUCUUCCUUGAUGACACAGUGCAAAGUUUUUAUUAACACUGAGCCAUAUUAUUUCUGUAAAGGCCUGAUUGACAUUCCUGCAUUAAAUCAGCAAGAGCAAGAUGGAGUCAGAAGACCUGUACGCUAUGGCACCAAAAAACCCAAGAAACAACAACAACAACAGCAGCAACAAGACCAAGAGGAAACAGCUGGAACAACUGAAGAUCUUGGUGAAUAAAACUGCAUUUCUAUGUAGCUGGACAUAUGUCAUUUUUUAGAAAGAAAAAUUAUUUUUGGUUUUCUGUUGGUGAUCAUGCAUUCACCUUUUUAUAGGCGAAUUUUUGUUGGCAUUUUUUGCCUCAUUAGCAUAUGCCUUUCAUUCCCUGAUCAAGCUUUUAAAAAAGAAUUUCUCUGAUAUCGAAAGAGCAUGGCAGUUUCAGUUAUCUGUGAAAUUUGAGGCCGAUAUACAAAAAAGUUUUGAGAAAUUAUCUUUGAAAAGGUUGAAACUUUACAAAGAAUGUAUGGGCUCAUUAAUGUUUUUGUCACCCGGCAAUUUCCAGUUUUCAGUGGCUGCUGUUUCUUUUGCUAUUGCUUGCAAAAAGCUGAAAAGUGCACAAAUCACUCAAAUUAAACAACUCUUUCAACUUUUUAAUUUAAUUUGUGCAUAUGGUUACACCUUCUAUGGGGUAACUCUUAUGCUAAAUUAUGAGCAAAAAUGUAAACAAUGAUGUCAGCAAAGAUUCGCCUAUUACAUAAAAACCUGUACAUACCACAUGUACUUAUACUGUGCUUCAUUAUUGUUUAGUUUUUUUCAGUGGUGUUUACCUCUGCAUUUCUAUUUUAAUUGUUGUAGCACUUUUAUUCUAAAUAACACUUGUCUUCACCUUCCUUUUUUAAGAAACAACCACCGAAGAUGAAGUGAUUGCCAAAGAGAAUGAAGACAAGAAGACCGAUGGUAAACAAAUUUUGUCAUUUCUUUUCUCUUUGUAUUUGGCAUUUGUUGUAGUUGUGAUGCAUGUUAAGUUUUUAACAAGCUUACCUCCUUGUAGACUCUAUCAAAACAUUGGGCUUUUUGUUGGCACAGUUUCAGAAUAAUUUAUAAGCAGAUGCUUUAUCUUGCAGUUACUCCUCUAAAAGUAGAUAACACCCAUUGAGCAAUAUGUUUUGCAUGUUCCUGUAUUUCUUUCAUUCAGUUUUAGUGGAUAGCAGUGAAUGCCAUUGUUCUUAGUUCUCUCAGGUAUAAACAGCUACACUGCUGUGCCUGAAAAUGAGGUUGAUGGAAGGUAUGUUUGCCUGUAAAUGAGGCUGCUUGGCAAUGUGCCACUGAAUCAAUGCUAUAUUGCUCGCAUUUUCCAAAAUUGGUCAAGGCCAACUGCUUAUGAAGAGUAAGCCAGGGUAUUUUAACCAAUCAGAAACUGCAAAUGUUUUGAAUGAAUAAUAAGAAGUUUUGAUUGUGUCUUUGUUUAUCACAGAUCAACAAGAUGUCAAUGAUGCUGAUGCUGAUGAACAGGGAGAUAAAGCAGAGGAGGAGGAGGAGGAAGAGGAAGAGGAGGAAGAGGUAAUAAUCUGUUUUCAUUUUAUUACUACAACAGUUUCUGUGGCUGAUUGCUGAUUAAAAGAAGACACGUUAUUGAAGUGGCAGAUUCAGAUCUUCAAGUGGAGGGGAGGGGGUGGGUGCUUGUCUAGAUGCCCUAAGAAAAGAGCAGGGAGGGAAGGGUGGCUUCACAAUUUACUCUUGACUUCUUAGCCCUGCGAUGGGGGGAGGGGGAACUACAUCCUAGUAAUAGGCUAACGUGAAUGUGCCGCUGGAUGGGUCGCAUUUUUACAACUGGAUUGACUAUAAUGGGGUUACAUUUUCAAUGGAGUUACUAGAAUGGGGUCGCACAUUUUCAGGAUGGGGCUCGGAAAAUUCGGGUAGGUAGGGUUUAGAAUGGGAAGAUUUUUGCUACAUUAAGUUUAACAAAUGUGACUAAGUUGGGAUAGUGAAAAUUACAUUUUCCCAAAAGUGGCCAAGAUGUUGUCUAUAAUUGGCUACACAAUAGACUAUAAUGGGGUAGGGGUUCUGAGAGGCUAGCGGCACAUACCCAUCAAGAAUUAGCCCAAGUACCCCCCUCUCUCGGAGGCCCCUUCACCCACGUCUACAUGAAGUUGGAAAUUUUGUGUGCAAACGUCAUCAAUGAGAAUGCUCUCUUGUUAGGUUAAGGACUCUUGGGAUGUGGAUUCUGAUGAUGAACCUGAGACUCGAUCACAAGGUCUGCUGUGUUAUUAGUUAAAAAUGUAAAAAUGUUAUUGCUGGUUUGUUUAUCAGGGGCAGAUCUAGGAAUUCAAGCCAGUGGUAGGGAAAGUUGUACGGGUUGAAACCAAUUCUCAAGGUUGAAACUGUGUUUUGUACGUAAUAAUUCUCAGCUUUCAGUAACUACAGAAUACCCUGCCACUUCGAAGCUGUAUCCCUGAAAGAGCUGGUUAUGUGGAUACACAAUUAUCGCUUUUAUGUGCCAUUCUACCUUCAGUGGCUUUAAGAAUGACAAAAUAGACAUACUGUACUGGCUUUAUAUGCUGUCUUAAGUGUAUAUCGAAGUGGAUAUGCGGAUACAUGUACGCAGUGAUUAUUAUUUAAAAGAUUUUUACUAAGCGGAUAGGCAGAUACAUGGAUACGUAGUGACAAAGUGGAUACACGAAUAUGUAGUGACUGAGCAUCUGCUUAUCCACCUAUCCGUUAGGGGUUGCUUUAAAGUGGCAGGGUAAUCUGCAGUUAAGCCCACCUUUCCCUGUCCUUAUUUUCUUGUAGACCUUGUUGAAAGCAAACUUAAACAAAAGGGCUAAGGUUAAGAGGCUAAAUAAUGCACUAGUUUCGGAUUUUUCAUACCAGUGCCCUGUCAUUUCAAAGGACAAUUUUUGCUUACUUUCGUGACAGCUUCCUUGGCUAAAAUUACAUCUAACUCUAUUUCAACUGUCAAUGGAUAAUAAUCUCGCUUUUGAGCCAAAACACCCCGUUACUGAAGCGUGCAAUGAAUCGGUUGUGUGUAAGUGUUACAGGUAAAUACAGUGUAAACCCCUUACUUGUCUCUCAAUCUGUUGCAGAUAUUAAAGCACCAGAUACUGUCAAGGUACAGUAAUAAUUGAUACAAAGUUGCACUGUAAUUUCAGUUAUUUCUAGUGUACAUUUAUUUGGCACAUUAUCUUUUGUUACAAGGGUAAAUUUUUCUCUUGCUAAUAUCCCCACCCCACUUCACCCCCCCCCCCCCCACCUUUCAGCUUGUAAAAUCUUAUAUCUCAAAUAAUUUACACUUUAAGAGUCUUCAAGAGUUAUCUGUUGUCCAAAAUGUAUUUUGUUUCUGACUUAAGUAGCUGUCUCACGUUUUAUUACUUUAACUGGAACAUGAAUCUGUUAUUUCUUCAUUAGUAACAUGCCCCUCUCGACUUUCUGCUCUCCCUUCUCAAGCUAAACAAAUUGUAAUUGUGACUUAAUCCUCGUUUUCCCAUUACUCUACAGGCCAUUUGCACGAUUGCGUUAUUUUGCUACUACUGCUACUACCAGAAUCCUUCAGGGUUUUGUUUUCUUUUGAAAAUUAGGGCCCCGUUCCUGAAAGGCCAAUUAAUGUUAAUCCAGGAUUAAAUUUUUUCCCGUUCUUGUAUUUUACAUUCCUAUGCAUUGCCUAGGGUAACAUUUUGUGUUAUCAUUACUGUAUCUCGUAGUAAAGGCUCAACAGUAUUUUGUACCCUCGAGUUGUUCUUAGACGAGAAAACUGUGCUUAAAAUUUGGCUUAAUCCUGGGUUAAACUUAACCAUCUUUCAAGGAACCGGGCGUAGGGCGUUUGUUAUUUAAACCUCACUGGGAUUACCAAAUUUAAAUAUGAAAGGAAGAACGAAAUGAAUUAUGGUCUUAGUAGUAAAAACACGUCAUCGUGCAAAUGGCCUUUUUGCUUUUUGAUAAUUAUGGUUUGAAAUUUGGUUACUCUAACUGUGCAAGUCAAAAACCAUGAACACCUUGAUUUAAUUUCGAAAAGUCGAUUGUGUUUUGACCAAUCAUAGUAAAGUUUAGGACACGCAAGUAAACCUCAAAACUGCAAAUUAAUAGACCAAUUCCGAUAUAUUAAAACUCAUACUUGGCUCCGAAAUCGUCUCGAGGCUCAGUAAUAAGUAAUACAUUUCUUUCGUUUUAUUCCCCCAAGCCUCGGAGCCAAGAAUGAAUUUUAAUAUAAUUUAUCGAAAUGCUGUUUGCAGUUUAGUUUUCUCAUGCCUGAUUUUUGUCCUGGAACACAGCAGCUUUCCAGUUCGGUUCAAUUCAGUUUUAUUUAACACAAAAACAAAGGAAAAGAAUACAGGAUUACACAGACGCAAAUAAAUGUGGUGAGGAAGCCCAAAAAGAAACCAUAAGGCUUAUGAAUGUUGGGCUCCCUCAGAGUAUAAAAGUGUAAGUUUUCAAGGCAAGGAUAGUAGCAUUUACUGAGUAAUAAUAUUAAAUGACAAUGAUGAAGGUUAUUUUCUGUUGUUUUCUGAGUUUCAAAGAAUACUUUCUUCUGAAGGUGGAAGUCAAAGAACUGGCAGAAGGUAAAGCGGAAAGCGAAGGAGAGUCAGAAGAAAGUGAUGAGAGCGAGGAGGAAAGCGAAUCAGAAGACGAAGAAGAUGAAGAUGAGGAGGAAGGAAGUGAAAGUGAGGAGGAAUCUGAAGAGGAAGACAAAAAGACAGAAACAGUUUACGAAAGAAUACAGGUACUAUAAAACUCAGUAUGGAUUUCAAUGAGCUGGUGAACUUUGCUUUGCAGUUAGCCACAUGGGAAGCAAAAUGUGGCUGACGUAAAUUUGCUCCCUUGGGACAAGAAAGAAUAUGUUAUUGAAUCCAGGGCUCUGCCUUAUUUUGGGUGUCCUCAAUCGCAUUAUUAUUAUUAUUAUUAUGGUUAGCAUAGUGAGGACUGAUUAAAGAAAUACAUCGACAACUAUUUUAAAGGAUUCAGACCAAGGCUCUAUUAUGGGAGAAAAUGCGGAAAGCUCAGUCAAGCCUUUUUGAUGGGUCACUAUUUGACUUCAACUACCGGAAUUCAUUUUGUUUCUGCUUUCUUCGGCAUUAAAUUUGCCAAUCUCGCUGAGGUUAAAAACAAUAGCCCUAAUUUGCCGAAGAAAGCAACAAGCUGAAGGAUUCUGGUAGUUAUAGUAAAAUGACGUCCGCAGAGGCACGAACUGUGUGAAACUGGGGAAGGGAAUGGUCUUUAAAUCUUGGGGAUCAAGUAAAUUUUCCGUUAACUGGCUUAAAAUAUUUCAUGUUUUUCAGAAAAGACGAGUACGAGCAGAAGCUAAUCGAUCCACGGACAAUCUGAGAUCUCCAGUCAUCUGUGUACUGGGACACGUGGAUACUGGAAAAACAAAGAUUUUAGAUAAGGUAUCUCUUAUGUGAUCCAGUUUCGACUUCGUAAGUAGUUCAUUGAAGCCCACUGAAUCAAAACGCUAACGAAUUACUCAUGCUGUCGCGGUGAAUGCGAAAAUAGGGUCGGAGACAAAAAGAAAUUUAAGACUGUGGGAGAGAUUUUUGCCACUGUACCCUGCGUUGUCGUGGUUUCUUUGUCUUUUUGUUUACUCGUUAAUCAGCCUUAGGCUGACUUAUCCGUGAUACUGAGCGAGAAUUGCCUCCGAAAAAAAGAAAAUGUUUGCCGCCAGCUAUUGCGACGGAAAGCACAAGGUAUUUCAUGCAUUGUGAAAUUCUCCUUCCUCAUGUAAGGAGCAAUAUCAUCGUGAUUUCCUCAUUGUUCGUCCAAACUGAGCUGAAAUUCUUGGAGAAAAAUAGUCCUCGGAAAGAGGGCCACCCUCCCAGCCAAUUCAACUCUACGAGUGUUUAUAUGAGAAAUAAAAAUUGUCCGAUUUGCCCGAGCCAAGAGCUGACAACAGGGCUCGCGCAUGCACUGUCUCGCGUGGACCUAGUCAACCCGGCCGGGCAAGCCAAAGUGUUUAUGUGGAGAAUAGUAGCCCUGGGUAGGAGGUUGACCCUAUCAUCGAAAGGGGGUGUCCCGGCGAGGCCGGUCAGCCUUCGAGCUGAGCCAACUCGUUGUUUCUCUUGUAAACGGUUCGCCAAGUUUUGUAAGGAAAUGCAGGAAAAGUUGGAUCCCCCAGGGUAGCUUGGAUAGGCGAGUGACCCUUCCACUCGGGACAAGUUUUCCGGUUCCAUAUUAACGGGGGCCUUAGCUGAAUCGCUCUAACCGGCACUAAUCGUCGUGUUGCAGAUCCGUCACAGUCACGUGCAAGAUGGGGAGGCUGGUGGUAUCACACAGCAGAUCGGAGCUACUAUGGUGCCUGUGGACGCCAUAAGAGAACAGACCAAGAUGAUCAAGGAUGUAAGCUCCAGAUAAACCUUUUAUAUUUUCGAAUUUACACGUAAAUGAGAAGAGCUAAAACUAUGAUUGGGUUUUCAGGAAGCAGCGAAUAAUGACAAUUCUGCUCCUUUUUUAACUCUCCUUCUAUCUCAAUUUCUCCGAUGAAUGUCACUAUGUCAGCAGACAACAUUUUCUAAAACGAAGUUUUCAAAACAAGCAGAUACACCCUCACUCUGUAUUUUGUUAUACCUAUUUCAGUUUCAAGAUUUUGACAUCAAGCUUCCUGGUCUACUUAUCAUCGAUACUCCUGGACACGAAUCUUUCAGGUCAGUAAUUGAGUAACUCAGCGUAGUUAGGUGGACCAUUACCUUAGUUCAAUUCAUUGCCAUACUUUAGCGUGGACUGUUGACUUUAUAGAGACUAUGUGACAAGGAUGUUUUUGCUCCUUUAGAGUUGUGAAGAAGAUAUUAAACAAAUUUCAUCAGAGAGCACUGACCAUAGCAUUUUUUGGUGACUUUUCCAGGCAUAGAAUUAACCCUUUAACCCCCAUAACCACAUACAAAUUCUCUAAACUGAUCUCCAUAGAUUUCCUUACAGAAUUAGUUGAGAGAAUUUGAUAAAAGAUCAAAGCAUUUUCCCUUAGGUGAUCAUUUCACUAAUUCUCCUAACCUUUUGUCUUGAUUAUGUAUUGAUAUUGUGAGGAGAAUAUUGAUAUUGGUCAGUCACUCUUAGGAAUUAAAGUUUUAAAACUUGAAUAAGUUAGCCCAACUUUUUCUCAAGUUUCCAUCUAAGUCCAUCCUUGCCAUCCCUAAUAACAGACGAAAGGAAACAGUUUUAAAGCCUAAAUAUAGUCUUAAAUAACAAAACUAGACCAUUAGAUUUCGGAUUCAAUUGAUGCGAAGACACCUUUAAGCUUUUCUAACAGGUAGCAGAUAACGUGACAUAACCCUUUAAGUAACUGACUGUGCGUGUUGUGUCUUUCAGUAACCUCCGUUCCCGAGGCUCAUCCUUGUGUGAUAUGGCAGUCUUAGUGGUCGAUAUUAUGCAUGGAUUAGAGCCACAAACCAUCGAAUCUAUUAAUCUACUGAAGAAGAAAAAGACGCCUUUUAUAGUGGCACUGAAUAAGGUUUGCUUCAUUUUUCUUCCCUUUUGUAACCAUCAAGUGGCCGUUUUCUCGAAGUUAGUCUAUCUUUUAUAUUUUAGUAAGGAAAACGACCCCAAAAAAGUACUUUGCAGUCACUUCGUUGACCUGUUUUCGCCACUUUAAAGGCAAGAAGGGAACUGGAACCGAAAUGUGCACCGCAAUUGUUUCUGGGAUCGUUACUGGGGACGCGCAGGUCAGCUAUAAAGAGGAGCAGUGUGACGUCACGUUACCAUGGUAGCAAAACUCCUGGAAAAAAAUUUCUCAAAAUUUCUCCUCUCUAUGGGUCAAUUUUUUCCCUCUUCCUGGUAACAGUCCAAAAAGUCUCUGCAAAAGUUAACUUGGCCCGGUCUCCUCGUUUGUAAAGUGGCGAAUGAAACAUGCCAUGAAAUGUCACGCACGAAUUGGAAUCUUUCUCGUUUUUUAUUAAUCUGCGAUUAUACUGCUAGUUUUCAAGCAGCAUUUCUCGGUAAUGUACUCUUUUUAAGAGCAGUCCCUUAGGUAUCCGUGCACCCUUGAUUCUUACCCCAACCUCAGAUACAAGCUACCACGUCCGCCCCGACAUUUAUGUGCCUCUGGCUUCUGGAUUUAAUUUACACUGUGCUGGUUUUAAAGGUGGACAGGUUGUUCGAGUGGAAGCGAGGCCCCAAUUCAGGUAUUAUGGAUACUGUUAAGAAGCAAAAGCGGAACACAAAGCAAGAAUUCGAUGAACGAGUUCAAGUAGUUUUGAAAGAGUUUUCUGAACAGGUGAGUGAAUAUGCAACUUCCUGUAUGGGCGAUUGUGUCCGGUCAAACCUCUCGGUCGUUCGGGGCCCGUACAGAAACUAAGGGAGUUUAAAAUGGUAUUUGUCAGGUCUGAAAAGUAGGAGAAUUUGAGUGUGAAUCAUAGAAAGUCCCGAAAAUAAAUGUUCCUGUAGCACAGUCACUAAUACAGCGUUCUGUUUGAGCCACGAAGUCAGUAGACUGGUCAUAGAAAACAUGAAAAAGACCAUAGAAAAGGCCAUAUGAAAGAAGAAAAGAGCGACCGCAAUUUCUUGGGGUUUUAUUUGUCUUGUAAAACAAUAAUUCCUUUCGUAUUUCCGCCACCUUGCUUUGUUUCUCUCCUUUGAUUUAUAUCCGGUGAUUUUACUGAAGAAGAGGAAAUCGGACUGAAGGGUCCAAGAAGGGACAAUCGCCUUAAAACUGUUUUAAAUCGCCUUCUAACUACAGUCGAACUACUGUCACCAAUAAAUAAGGUUUGUUUUUCCCCAGGCGCUGAACGCAGCAUUGUUCUACAAUAAUCCAGACCCAAGGACUUACGUGUCUUUAGUCCCCACCUCUGCUCAUACAGGAGACGGAAUGGGAGAUCUCAUAUCUCAAGUCGUAAGGCUGACGCAAACAAAACUGGCUCAGAGACUGUCAUUUUCUGAAGAACUGGAGAGCAUGGUGCUAGAGGUGAGAACUUAAGUUGGUUUAAUUCGACACCUUUUGAUUCUAAGACGAGAAAGACUACGACGACGAGAAUUUCUCAAUACUAAGUAGUUCGCACGCGUGAACCAGCGUCAUUUUGGCGGGAAAAAGUGGUAGCCGUCGUCAUUCUACUACGAGUUUUAACGAGAAUGUCGUAGUGGGGAAAACAAGUUAUCAAAUGUUAGAAGUUUUAUCAUUUUGCAAUCGGGAGAGGGCUUACCGUCCUUCAAUAAAGUUAACAGUGCUAACGUUUCUGGUGAAUCAAAAGUACAGUGGAGCUUUCCGGGGUGUCCUUUCGUUCUCGUCCUUGAAUUAAAAAGUCUCUAUUCAGUGUCUCUCCAUAUCAUGUUGAGUCACGACAAAUUUGGUAGGAAACAUCCCUGUAAGGAGUGAGUUUCCAACCCAACCCGCCGCAAAAUCGUUGGGCGAUUACCAUCUGUCAGAACUGGCCUGGAUAGUCUGCAGAUCAAUAUAAGUCGUAAACAGAAUUUUAAGUUCAUUCAGUACUGUUAGCCUGUUAGUGUAACCUCUUGCAAAAAGCCUACUGUCAACUUCUCUCUUAACGGACAUCUCUCCAAGACGGACACGUGGUGUUGGUCCCUGCCGUUUUUCAGCCAUUUUUCUGCAAAUAUACUCUCUUUUAGACGGAAACUUCUCAAAUACGGACAACAGACACUUUUGAAACAGUUAACGGACAACUGGGAAGUGCUUCAUGUAGCAAAAAAUACCUUAAUUAAAAUUCCGUGAUUCUAGAGUUCUGAUUGGCUUAGCCAACAUGGUAUACUAGCCAAUAUAUAUUUUUUAUUUUGGUGAGUAAACUGAAAUCACUUCUAUAACCGCGGUUUACGGUUUUUUCUUUGUUGUUUGCAUCUUAACACUACAAUUUUAACUGCUUGUAAACCCAUCCAUGACAUUUCUUAAAUUUCAUUAUUUUAGGUAAAAGCCUUACCAGGCCUUGGUACAACAAUAGACGUAAUCCUCGUAAAUGGUAAGCUAAAGGAAGGGGACACAAUAAUUGUGGCUGGAAUCGAGGGCCCUAUUGUGACUCAGAUAAGGGCCCUUCUCACGCCUCAGCCCCUGAAGGAACUAAGGGUCAAAAACCAAUAUAUUAAUCACAAGGAGCUUUGCGGGGCCCAAGGAGUGAAGAUAGCUGCGAAGGACAUGGAAAAGGCGCUCGCUGGAAUUCCAUUGUAUGCUGCUCAACAACAAGACGAGGUGGACUAUUUCAAGGUCUGUAGGGUGAAUCUCUUUGUCUGAACGUUGUCAAAGUAGAUUCGAGUUCUUUUCUAUUCCGUUAAACUUUCUAUGCACACCUCGACAUCCUCACGACGGCCGUACUCGUCUAGCUAAGUCCAACGGACAUUUUCUUACAAGUCAGUAACAUAGCUUGAGUGACAGGUACUCUGCCUGGUUAUCUUAGUAAAGAUUUAGCAAAACUGCAUAAACGUGCCAUGUGCAUGUAUAUCUCGGGCAGCGAGAGAGCUAGGAAGCAAUUUGCCACUUUAAAACGAGAAGGGAACUGGAGCCGAAAUGCGUCCGCAAUUGUUUCUGGGAUCGUUACUGGAGACGUUCCAGUCAGCUAUUGGCCAGUUUUUUUUUACUUGUCCGUAGUAACAGUCCCAGAAGUCUGUUAACUCGGCCCAAUUUACUUCAAUCGGUGCCAACCUGUACGACGAGAUCUGCGCAAACUCAACACACAGUCUCCGCAAAUAACUCCCAAAUACACGUAUACGCAAGUAUUCACUACGAAGGCAGAGAACUAUUAUCAUACCGAGAUGCAAAACGAAAAUAUGCAAGAACAAGCCAUGUUUUUAUAGCUUAUUAUUCGAUUUGGAGCCGUUUUUUCUUUUUUAUUCAGACUUCAUGAUUCGUUUCCUUUCUAAGCAAAUUUAAAUCUUAACUCAAUUCAGCAUUUGGCUCGAAGUUGUAAGGUAAUAGAGCGACCAUCCGUCUUGAGAAGAAGGAGAAAUGGAAAACUUUUGGUGCUUGCGCGAAAACGCGAAAUGUGCCCCUCGCGUUCUCGCUCGCCCGUCGCGCGGCUGAUUUCCUCUUUCUCUACCACGCGAAAUUACAUUAACACUAAACCCCAACUGACUUUGCAACCAUUUGUGCUGUCGCUGCCAUAGCCUCCUGUGGUCUGUGUUUACCCCUGUACCAACAAUUGUCCUCUUCAAUACUGUGGUAUCUCGCGCAACUCUCUCUACCGGUGAGUUGUUUAUCACUGUAACGAUGAUUAUGUUGCUCUUGCCUCUCAACAGAACGAAGUCUCAACCUUUCUCCGUGACACACUGCAGUCUAUCAAGCUGUCUGACCGGGGUGUGUACGUACAGGCCUCUACUCUGGGAUCUCUGGAAGCCCUGCUUGAGUUUCUGCGCACUGAGAAAAUUCCUGUGAGUACAAUAUUCUUUGCAUCUCAUAGUUUCAUAUUACCGUUAGUCUAUCUCGUUGAGUUAAUUAAUUUCCCAGAAAGAAGACCCUGGAAUGAGAAGUUAAUGAAUUUUAACGCCUUCACUCAGAGUCAUAUAAGUUUAAAAAGUUAAAGGUUUUUUUAUAGGUUUAUGGUGGAAAGUGCACUUAGCUUAUCCAGCUAAUCCAGCAAUUGACCAGAGCGGGAUUCGAACCCGGGACCGCCACGUUGCCUCCACAGCUUAUCUAAAUGCAGCAACCUCGUACCCAGGGCUGAGGUUGUUAAUCCAGUUGCGUUCCCAUUCAAGUCAAAACUUUUCUAUCACGGUUUUCUAUCACAGUGCAAUGUUUAUCGUUGUUUUAGAAAAUGAAACGUGUAGGAGUUUUUUUCUUCAGCUGUGAGGAUUAUCACUUUGGGUAUGGAAAAGGGUAAGAACUCUCUGAAUGAAUUUUGUAUUCAGCUGUUGUGGCCUUGCCUGUCUUACGAUGUUUUUGCUCUAUUUAACAGUACUCUGGAGUUAAUAUUGGUCCAGUUCAUAAAAAGGACAUCAUGAAGUGUUCCACCAUGUUGGAACAUGACGGACAGUAAGUUCUAAGUUUUCUUUUUGCUUUGUCUUCUUUGUGUCCCACAUUCAAGUCAAAGAAUAGUCCAGUUUCCGUGGAAUCAAAAACUCAAGACUAAAGAAGCAUUUUUAAGUAAAGAAAUCUCGUAAUAAUGUAUUAAUGUUCACAAAGACUCGCGAGUAGACGGACUUGUUUCUUUGCGCAUGUUUUUCUGUAGGUUAGUUGAAACGAACCCGGAUUAAAAUUGUUUGUUGAUGUUUGUACGUAGCAGUAAUUUUAUGUUUGGAUCCACGGUUUGUUUAAGAGCGAACAUAGAGUAUCGGACAGAAUGCAAGUGCGCCUUUUAAGUGUAGUGCGUCUCAUCCAGAUAGGUUCGCAAUGACCAGAGAGAAAGGAAGUUUUGUGCACUUAUCUGGUGUAAAACUCCAAAGUCCUCUACUGGCCACUUGUACGCUAAUGUAGCUUUAAGGUCAUUUCGCCCCGGUUACUUAGCCGCCUAUUUUAGAACGAGGAAUAUUAUAUUUGAAGUUUGCUUGUUUCGGUUUAUGGCUUAAAAAACGAGGAAAAUUACAUUUGACGCGUGCUUGUUUUACUUUACGGAUUCUAGAACGAGAAACGUUACAUUUGAAGUGCGCUAAAUGACUCGAAAAUAGGGGGCUAAGUAACCUGGGCGAAAUGACUUGGGGGCGAAAUGACCGAUUUCCGUAGACAUCGCUAACGUGUUAUUGAGUAGCCUGCGUAGCUAGCAGUAUUUUUCUGCGUGGGGUACUUUCUUCGCGGCAGAGGCGUGAGGGAUUUUCGCAAGCGGCGCGGCAUUCGCCCAUUAAUUCUCCCAGCCACACAGUCUAAUUUUGGUGGAAAGCAGCCUUAACUUUGCCUUAACGAUACUUGUGUUUCAUUCUAGGUAUGCCGUUAUUCUGGCCUUUGAUGUGCGGAUAGAGAGAGAAGCACAAGAGAUGGCCGACAGUUUGGGUGUGAAAAUCUUCUCUGCCGACAUCAUCUAUCACUUGUUUGACAAAUUCACUGCUUAUAGGGAUGUAAGUACUAAGGUUUCAAAUUGACCUUAUCCAUCUUAGCACACGCUUUAGGAUAAAUAGAAUGAAAGCAGUGUCACGUGGUAUUUCAGGGGGUAAACAAGUGAUGAAACUUACGGGCAAUACGAGCAAUCGCGGUCGAGUUUGUUUAUUCUCUCAAAACGAGACAACUAUGUUGUUCAUGCAAAAUUUACAGUUCGAGUUUUUAGAAGUUUUACGUCUUUUCUCGCUUGCUCUGAGGACAUCUAGGGUCGCUACUGCGUCCAAAAAAGAUAAUUUCACCCAUAAUUUGCAAUUGUUUUUUCAUUGUAUAGAAUAAACGAACUCGACCGCGUUUUCUUGUACUGGCAGAUUUUUUCACUUGUUUGCCUCAUGAGAAACCAUAUGGCAUCGCUUUUAUUCCAUCAGUCCUUAAGCGCGUGCAAAGAUGGCGGGUAUCGUGAAUAAGGUCUUUUGAUGAUGAUGAUGACGAUGAUGAUGACGAUGAUAAGAAUAAUAACAACUUUAUUCAAAGAAGGUAGCGCUUUAUAGUACAAUACUGACAAACCUGUGGCCCUCCCUUAAAUUAGAAUAGAAACUGAUUUUCAGAUAUAUUUACAAUAACAUCCCCCAUACCUCAUAUAAUUGUUUCUCAUUGAUAGUCGUUCUGUCGCUUAAGUUUUAUGUUUUCUGUGCACUCAAGCAGGUAACAAGUAAGCCUAUUGAUGUAAGCUCGCACCGUCGUUAGGUUUUCUUGUCACAUUAACUUGUAAUUUAAUCAACACCUUUUGUCCAAUGUUUCCAUGUUAUGUUAUGUUCUGUGAGUGACUAAACAAACAAAUAAAUAAAAUGAAAUAAACACUCCUCUCCGCACGAUAAGGCGUCGCUUGACGACACAGAGAACGCUUGCUUAAGAGGCUACGCCCAGUGAAGCUUCACCCCUUUAGCCAGGUGCUUGUCUCGCACUGGGUUUGCCAGGUCGUAAUCAGUGGCGCACCUGGGCAGUUGAUACCGAUCACUUGAUCAACAAAUGAAUUUCUUUCCCUAGGAAUUGAAGCAAAAGAAACGUGAAGAAUUCAAACACAUUGCAGUAUUUCCGUGUAAGCUUCGAAUCCUUCCUCAACACAUCUUUAACUCGCGAGGUCCGAUUGUUGUGGGUGUGUCAGUUGAAGCUGGUGUUGUGAAGGAGGGUACUCCUAUAGCGGUACCAAGUAAGGAGGUGAGUCUUCUUUAAAACUUUCCUAAACCUCAGACGCUUUCUUAAGAUCAGGGGAAAUACUAAAGCGAAGUAAACAGCAAGUUUGGCAAGCUCUAUGAUUAUAUUAUACCCUCAGAAAAAUCAGAUAGUAUAGAGGAAUCUGUUUCGGCAUGAAUACUUGAAAAUGUUCCUACUACGAAAAUCAGCAGUUCAUGUCAUAUUGUGCUAAAAAGUCAUUGUUUUCAAACACGUUUUCUUGCCCGUUUUUUCACGGGGCUUUCGAGAAACGAGACCAAGAAAAGAGUUGUGAUAUUAACGGGCGGUGGGUUGGCCGGGUUCCACUGUACCACACUUAAGCCCCGUGAAAACGGACGUGACAUUGUUAGCCAACAACUCACAAUCUUGUUGGAUGUUACAUGUUACGUCCGUUUUGUAUGUUGUUGUGGGUUGUUGCACAAAGUUUGAAACCGGUCAAACUUUCGAGCCAACAACUCCCAACAUUUCUUUUGUUCCGUGAUCGUCGACGCGUAGCGCAACAAUGGUGGAUCCGUUUGCACAGCUCUUCCAACAUUGUUGGGGCCACGCACGCGCAUUACACAUGGUCUCCAGAGUCAUAUGAGUUGUAUCCUUCUCACGAUGCAUUGCAGGUCCCAACAUUGUUGGGAGUUUUUGGGUCCGUUUGCACACCGAUGCCAACAAGGACGCAACAACUCCCAACAUUGUUGGUUGUUGUUGCAUCCGUUUGCACACCAUUGCCAACACAGACGCAACAACUCUCAACAUUGUUGGUUGUUGUUGCAUCCGUUUGCAAACCACUGCUAACACAGACGCAACAACUCCCCAACAUUUUUGGUUGUUGUUGCAUCCGUUUGCACACCAUUGCCAACACAGACGCAACAACUUCCAACAUUGUUGGUGUGUUGUUGCAUCCGUUUGCAAACCACUGCUAACACAGACGCAACAACUCGCCAACAUUGUUGGGGUGUUGUUGCAUCCGUUUGCACACCACUGCUAACACAGACGCAACAACUCCCCAACAUUGUUGGUGUGUUGUUGCAUCCGUUUGCAAACCACUGCUAACACAGACGCAGCAACAACUCCCCAACAUUGUUGGGGUGUUGUUGCAUCCGUUUACACACCACUGCCAACACAGACGCAACAACUCCCAACAUUGUUGUGGUUUAAGCAACGACGUCUUUUAGCGACGCAUGUCAACCGGAAGUGGACUUUUUGCACUCUUCAACCGUGAUUUUGGAAACAAUUCUUGAGUAAAUUGUCUCUUUAGCGGAAAACAGACUUGGCAAUACAAAUUUGGUAGCGUAAAGGCAUAUUAAAAGAGAAAAAGGCUCACUUCCGGUUGACGUGCGUCGCUAAAACACGUUGCUGCUUAAACUGCCAUUGGCAGUAGAACAGACCUUUGAGUCUACGUUGGCGGGGAACAUUAACCCGCGAGUAUUAUCAGACGGUAUCACUGCUUCGACGUUUCGAGGUCUCAUUAACACGAUAUAGCUGAAACUCACAUGUUGUGCCUCAGUGAAUGUAGACUGUUUUUUUUCUUGUUGUAGUUUUUGGAAGUUGGUGUCAUUACUGGCAUUGAAGCGAACCACAAACCGCUCCCUGAGGCGCGGAAAGGAAUGGAAAUAUGUGUGAAGAUCGAAUCUCCAGCUGGAGAGGCGCCAAAAAUGUACGGCAGGCAUUUUGAUCAUACAGACCUCCUGGUUAGCAAGGUAAACUCUAUAUUAAACAUGCUUUGUUUGUUUUCUAUUCGUUUAGUAAUUAGACCUCCGGAAAGGACAACCUCCCUAGAGCAACCUCCCGUAAGCGACCACCCAAAGAGAUGUCGGUUAAGCCCGGUUUCCAUAUGAUCGAUGCGAUCGCUGAGAUCGCUACGAUUGUUGCGAUCGCUGAAAAAUAAUUCCAGCGAUCGUCGCGAUUGAUGGUUUCCAUAUGAUCGCUGCGAUCGCUGAGAUCGCUGCGAUUGUUGUGAUCGCUGCGAUCGCUGAAAAAUAGUUCCAGCGAUCGUCGCGAUUAAUGGUUUCCAUAUGCCCGCUGCGAUUGCUGAGAAAGUAUCGAGGGGACCCGGGUCUCACAACAUCGUUCGCGCCGUUCUUCAAAUUCAAAAAAUCCGUCUAGUUUUUAACUCAGCCAGCGCGAUUGCAAACCACGACGUUAUGUUCUAGUACCGCCUCUCUUCCAGAAUCAGACCUUUAAAAAUCUCGCGUGGGCUGUUCUUGUGUUUUUAAUUUUUUUCUCGGCCUGAUCGAGACUCGGGUCGAAUUUUUCCCCAAUUGCUUACUGGCAAUCGUUUUUCUUGUGCUUGUUUUCAAUAUUCUGUGGAAAAUUUGUUGUAAAGGCAGUUGUAUUUUUGCACAAAGUGUCAAAUCCAAUGAUUUUUUGUUACUCGUGGUGGUAUUUUUGCUAUCGCUACGAUCGCUGGACGGGAGUUUCCAUAUAAUCGGCAAAUAAUCUGCUGGCCACUGACAAAUCACAACAUUUUGCGCAACCUCGUCCAAUAAUUGGAAAGAAAUUAUUCUUUCUCCUUUUUUUAAUUCCACAGAUCAGCCGGGAGUCUAUUGAUGCAGUAAAGAACUACUUCAGAGAAGAUUUACAAAAGUCUGACUGGCAGCUAAUGAUUGAACUUAAAAAAUUAUUUGAAAUACUUUAA